UUGUCAGCUUCGCGAGCUCUUUCGAAUGAUAUAUAUUUUGUCGUUUAUUGUCGGUACGUAUUCUAAAAAAAUUUUCUUUUCUUCCUUCCUUUCCUUUAAUUUUUCUAACUAUUUUUUGCUUAUAUUUCAUCUUAUUUUUAUCUUAUUUUAUUCUCAUAAUUUUUCUCAAAUUUAUUUUUUUAAUUUUAAAAUAGGCGAUACUAAUCGACCACUUGAUUUGACAGACGAAAAUGAUUCUCUUAUGGACCCACCACCAACAGAAAAUGUGUCUAAUAAAUUACUUCCAGUUCAUUAUUCUUUACGUUUUGUUUGGCAAAUUUUACAAAAAGCUCUUCACUGUGUUAAAAACGGCCAUGAAAAUAUUUUGGAGACUGCAACUAAAUUUUGGGGGGAUUCUUUAAGAAAAGUUUAUUCUUUUUUGACAACAUCAGUUCCGGCCCAACAACUUUUUUGUAGAAUUUUGGUACGGAGAAGAGGUUUUCAUAUUGCUCGGAAUAUUAGAUAUCACGAUUUGGGCCCAAAAUUGAUGCCUUUAUUUAUUGAACUCUGUGAAAAUGGAUUUUUUGAGGAAGCAUUUUCCAUAAACGAAAAUGGUGAUCCAAAUUCUUCAAAUAUCACACUUGAUGAAGCUUUCAAUUUACUUCAAGUAGACGAUUUUAAAAUUAUUUGCAAAAAAUUCCAUAUUGAUACAAGAAUUGGAAGGCAGGGAAUUAUUAGAGAAUUAAAGAAGCAUGCAAUACGUAGAGAUGUUUUUGGACGGUGUAAUUUGAAGCAUUUGUUGAAUUGUAUAAAACAACUAACCGGAAAAUGCUACAGAAUUAAACAAGAUGUACUCUAUUUCUUUAAUUCUUUUUUCUCUGUCUAUGCCCCAAACUUGAUGGAUGUUGGCGCCGCUGCUGUUCGUCCCCAUCAAUGUUAUGUUGAUUUAUGUGACUCAUUAAUUUUCUCAAUGCUUCAACGUCAAGCAGAAACUUUAAAUUUUGUAAAUAAUUUAAAUUUGAAAUAUUCUUUGAUUGACCUUUUUUCUGAUUUUGAUGGCUUAACAAGAUAUGUCAAAGCAAAAUAUGAUGAACAACGCUUAGUUUGCUUUAUUGACAAAAUUUUUCAAUUUAUUAAUUUGCCUGUUUAUUUACGCAAAUUUACACCUCCUUGGAUUUAUUGUCGUUGUAUAUUUCGGGGAGUUGAAGCAGCCCAGAGAUUAAGAGACUAUGAACUUGCUGUAAACUGGCUAAUAUUUUUGUUGAGUAAAGAAGAACUCAAACAUUUUUGUAUCAAUUCCCGUGGAAGAUGGUAUAAACGCUUGGUGCUCAAUUUAAAUAAACACUUGAAACGAAAUGAGGAAGCAGCUAAAUUUUGUUGUAAGGGAAUUGAAGAAAAUUUUGUUUUGAUUUCUGAUAAAUUAUCGCUACAAGAGAGACUUGACAAAUUAUCUCAACGUGUAGUUGACUGUCCACAGGCUUUGUUAGAGAAUCGUUUGGUUUUGGAUGAACCAGAAAGGGUUUCAAUUACUGGACUUACAUUAGGAAAGGGCCUAGGCGAUGGUCUUCAAGUUAACCAUUUUUAUAUUCCUUCGACUUCAACUCAACCUAAUCUUAAUGAAAAUGUUCAACCAGAGACAAUUCAAUCAGAUACUUUGUCGUCAUCUUCAGAUACUUCUUCUUGUUCUUCUUUUGCUUCUACAAGAAGAGGAGGGUCGUCUGAACACCAGCAACCCUCAACACAAACAACAACAGCUCCAACAAAUAAUACAAAUAUAAAUAAAUGUAACGUUGAAGAAAUUGCAUUACGUCAUUUUAUUGAAAAUGAAAAUUAUAAAGAAGGAGUACAUGCUGAAGGAAAAAUUUGGCAUAUGUUGUUUAGACUAUUCUUUUGGGAUAUAAUUUCGUGUGUUGAAUUUGAGAAUGAGUUGGCUAAUAAUGUUUGGAUUUCUUGGAUGCAAAAUGACCCUCUCGAUCUCAAUUACACAAUGUUCUACGAAAAUCGCUUAACUUUAAUUGAUUCUCGUCUUGAAAAAAUUCUCGAAUCCUUGUCUGAAUGUAUACUCUUAAACAAAACUCCUUCAACAACAUUUGAAGAAAGAAUUUCUUCGUCGACAGGAUCGCCCCAACGUAAAUCUCCUCGAAAAUCUGUUCAUUGUCCAUGCUUUAUUCACUCAACUGUUGAGAAACAUUACAACGAAAAAUUAUCAAAAACUAUGGGGAAUUCAGCUAGAAGUUCUACCAUUGAAUGGCACGAUUUUGAAGGAGGAAAAGAACAACUUUUUCGUUUUCUACAUUGUUGUUCACCUGUUUUGUUACAUGCUCUAUUUAAAAAGUUGUGUUCAAAUUUUCGCCAAAGCCGUAGUGGAUUUCCUGAUUUGACCCUUUGGAAUGCUGAGGAUCGCAAAUUAGCGGUAGUAGAAGUAAAAGGACCUAACGACAAAUUAUCUACUAAACAGCAAAUUUGGUUAGACUUUUUUAAAUCUCAAGGUGUUCGGGCUGUUGUAUGCCAUGUUUCAGCAAAAAAUGAUCGUUCAAUCGAAUAA